AUGGGCGAGCUCGCAGAGGAUCUCUUCCUCCGCCUUUCGCCGGAGCUCGUCGAGGAGGUAUUUUUCCGCCUUCCGCCGGACGAGCCCGCCUGCCUCGUACACGACUCCGCCGUCUGCAAGCCCUGGCGCCGCAUCCUCGCCGAUCUGGGCUUUCGCCGCCGCUAUUACAAGUUCCACGGAACACCUCCCGUCCUGGGGCUCUUCCAACAGGGCGACUGGCUCUUCCGGGAGGGAGCCCGCUUCGUUCGCACCUCCGCCCUCUUCCCUGCCCAGCGCGACCGGCCCUGCUGGUUUGCCAUGGACUGCCGCCACGGGCGCGCCCUCUUGGCCAGCUUGGGCACCACCUGUCACCUCAUGGUCUUGGACUCUGUGACGGGACACCAGCGCCUCGUGGUCUCGCCCUGUAACCCCCCGGUCAGCUUCAGUGCGGCGGUGCUCUGCGCCGCACAAGGCUGCGACCACCAUGGUUGCCAAGGAGGGCAUUUCCGUCUGGCCGUCGUCACCACCUAUCAGCAGCAUAGGGUCACAUCGGGCUGGCUGUACUCGUCGGAGACUCGCCUGUGGAGCGAGCUCACCUCUGUUCAUCACCCCAAUGUCAGGUGUCCCUAUAACUUGGGUGCGCCUAGCGUCCUUGUGGGCGAUGCACUCUACUUCAACGUUGGUGGCAUCGUGGAGUGUCAACUUGGUGCACUCAGGUUGUCAAUGUUGGAGAAGCCGGUCGACGGCAAUGGGCGCUUGUCAAUGUCUCAUAACCCGAUUGAUGGCAUUGGGACUCUCAUGGUGAAGGAAGACGGGCGACUGGGGUUUGCUGCCGUGGUGGAUGUCACGAAUCUAACCCUAUGGUUGUGCGAGACCGGACCUGUGGGAGCUAUUGGAUGGGCAAAACUCAGGGUAAUUGAUCUUAAGACGCUGCUCCCAACAUGUGAAUUCAGCACUAGCAUUAGGAGGUCGGUCGGUACAUGCAUUGGCGAUCACCGGCGUCGCGGAGGGCACACAAAUCAUUUUUGUGAGAGCACAUGUUGGUUCCUAUAUGGUUGAUCUCAAGUCAGGGCGAGUCCGGCCGGUGGAUGCUUAUGGCAGAAAAUUCUUUCCCUACGCAAGCUUCUGCAUCCCAGCAAUGGAAGCAGGCUGUACUGGCCAGGGGCAGUGAGCUGGUCUUUCAAGUGUUUAUCCAGCUCUAGGUGAUGGAGCACGCGCUUCUGAAUCAAGAGACGGUGGUUGUAGUGAUGUUAGAUAUGGCACAAGCGCAGCUCUGGACCUGCAGCAGGAAGCUGCUAUUCUGUAGACUGUAGUAACUUUGUCUAGGCUGGGUUAAAGGACCAAUACUGCUGGUCGUAGUAUGUGGUGUAUGGAACUUUGUUUAGGAAGUUGUGCAGGAACCUUGUAUGCAUGCUCAUGGAUGGAUCGCUGUUCACUAUGCAUGGGGCAUAUGCCGCUACCCCCUCAGCCACCCAAGUCUAAAUAUCAAA